CAGUCGCGCGCAUCUUUUCCAGUCGCGCCCAUCUAACUACGGGUAGACUCGGCAGGACGGCAGCACAGGUCCACGCGGGCGCGGAGGCAACGCUAUGGUGGCUCGCCGCUUCGUGGUCCGGCAUGGCCCCGCAGCCGGAGGAUCAGCCGAGGCGGCGGAGGAGCAACAGCACGAGGUGGAGUACGACACGGAGCACGGCCUCGACGUCCUCCGCCUCCAGAUCUUUUCCCUCACCGCCGUCCCGCCCGACCUCCAGAAGAUCGUGGUGGAGGCGGAUGGGUCGGUGGUGGACGACGGCACCGACCUGGAAGCCGUCUCUGAGCGCCUGCGCCUCCUUGCUAUCGGCGAGGAGGGGGAGGACGACGGGGCAGCGGCCAGGGCGCAGGAGAAGUCCGACGAGGAAUUCGCACGGAUGCUUCAGGGAGCAACCUGGUGGUAUCAUUCUAUGUUGAGGCUGUUUCAAUGUCACCACACUUCACCAAUUUGGCCACCAGUCACCACAGUUUAGGAAAAGCAAAAUGUGCCAAUACUGGGCGGAAGAAGAGGCACUUCUCCUACAACAGUACAAUAUACAAAAUGAUGGUGGAGAUGUGUUUAGACAAAGAGUUGAGCCUUACAUGCACCAGGUUCUGAUGUAUGAAGAUUCAGUGGGACAAGAGGCAGCACAAAAGACAGUUCCGAUAUGCGAACUGGAGGAGAAGGCAUUAGUUUCACUGGCCAAGGAAGGGAAUUUCAAUCCUUCGAAAGAUGAAGAGAAGCAUGCCUUUCUGCUGCAAUUGCUUUUUUGGUUUAAGCAAUCAUUCAGAUGGGUUAAUGCAGCACCUUGUGACAGCUGUGGCCGUGAGACAUCCAAUGUUGGAAUGGGCACCCCACUUACCUCAGAAAUCAAAUUUGGCGCUUCACGUGUUGAGAUGUAUAGGUGUAACCAUUGUUCUAGUAUCACCCGUUUCCCAAGGUACAACGAUCCUCGUAAGCUUAUACAAACUAGGAGAGGUCGCUGUGGAGAAUGGGCGAAUUGCUUCACAUUCUAUUGUCGAGCUUUUGGAUAUGAUGCUCGUUUGAUUCUGGAUUUCACUGAUCACGUGUGGACAGAAUGUUUUUCAAACUUGUAUGGAAGAUGGAUGCACCUAGAUCCAUGCGAAGGAGUCUAUGAUAAUCCCUUACUGUACGAGAAAGGGUGGAACAAGAAGUUAAAUUAUGUUAUUGCGAUUUCUAAAGAUGGAGUACGGGACGUAACAAAACGCUACACCAGAAAGUGGCAUGAGGUUCUCUCUAGGCGAAUAAUUACCUCCGAAGAAACUGUUGUGUCUGUUCUAUCAUCUAUAACAGGGAAGUAUCGCACAGGUUUGUCACCUGAUGCUCUAUCAGUCAUAGAAAACCGUGAAAAGGAGGAGUCUGAGGAACUUAGAAAAUCUGCUUAUCUUCAAGUUGAAACGGCUUUAUCCUUACCUGGAAGGCUUAGUGGUUCUGUGGAAUGGAGGAAAGCAAGGUCAGAGUUGGGCCAAGCAGAUUCACUAAGUUGCUCAUCCUGCCCUAUUCGGAAGUGUGUGGAUGGUCAUGUUUCAAAUAUAUAUGAUGCUCUUUCUGCUUUUCUUUCACAUUUUUUUGACAAAAAAAUCCCUAAAGAAAGAAUUAUUGAAGCUUUUGAGGCAUUGAAGACUUUGAUGCUAACUCUUAAAAGUUCCAACUUUAAGAGCAGAAGUGCUACAUUAGACCAGAAAGCACACCAUCUAUUUGAGGAGAUAUUUCCUUCCAUUGAAAGAUUGUUAUCUGCUAUUUCACUGAAAGCAGAGUUGGGAACUGCUGGAUACCAAUCUGUGACCGUGUCUGGAAAUCCAGUACACUCAUCCUUAGCGUUACCAGUAGCACUGGAUGCAGUUAAUGAGAUAUUGAGUAAUUAUAAGAAUAAUACCUUUUUCACAGAAGGCAAUCAUUUCCCAAGAGGGAACAGAGUAUGCUCAGGUUCAGUCCUUGCAAGCAGGGAACAACUUCCAAUAGGAAUUGCAACAGCAGCUUUUGACGGCAUUCACUCCUCCAAAUGGGAAGAGCCUGAUGGAGCCAAAGGAUGUUGGCUGAUUUAUACAAUGCAAGAUGGCAAAAGUUGCGAGUUGGAGUCAUAUGAUUUGAUGUCAGCUAAUGAUGCUCCAGAGAGGGAUCCAAUGGACUGGGUUCUUGAAGGGAGCGCAGACGGAGGCUCCACCUGGAAUAUACUUGAUGCUCGGAAUUCAGAAAUGUUCGAGAGCCGUUUCCUGAGGAAAACAUUUACAGUGGAUAAGAGAUAUAAGGCAAAUGCUUUCAGGUUUAGGUUUCUACGCGUAAGAGAUUCCCAUUCUAAUCCAAGGUUUCAGAUAGGAUCAAUUGAUCUAUAUGGGAAAACCAUAUGAACUCCCCCCGGAGCUGUGUUUCACUUUUCGGCUUUCUGAACUGCUCGGUCUCACGAGCCUGUGUAGUAUCAUAAAUUCAUAAUAUUGUAAUGCGAGCAUUUACUGUGGACGCAACGCUCUCUUCAGUAUGAAUAGAUACUGAAUAAUUAAGAGCAUGAUAUAUAUUGUUUGCGCGCGCGAUUGAGUUCUGAAAUAUAAGUGAAGUCCCUCGACAUGAUCAA